AUGUCAGAAAGAUCUCUGUCGGGAAAGCCGCCACACCAGGAACAGUGGUAUGACCAGCCGAGGGGACAAGAUCACCGCCAGCUAGGUGACGACCACUUUUCAAUGCAGACGCCAGGGACUGGUGCAGAAAGGGACGAAAAUCAGCGCCACUUGCCGCAUUCAAGCCCGCAGGAUCCCAGAUUGCAGUCUCUGUCGGAGACGCCCGUGUUGCAAGCUUCUGGCCUGCCCUCCGACCCGGUACACACGCGCAGGGGCUCUACGUUCACAUCGUCGGUACUCCCUCCAGGGGACACGAAUACAGGUGCUACUGAUUCAAUUGACACGACGAGAACGCAUCCCGUCCACCGGUUCUCCUUCCAGUCCCAACAUAAAGCCAAGAGCUCAUCAGCCCUCGCUCCGACAGCGUCUACCUCCGGUACCUUCAAGCCGGGCCAACGUCCUCCGCCUAUGCAUCGACAAGCAUCCUUAUCGCAAGGAUCUUCUCUGUAUGCCUCCAACCUCCGUCCUAUCACCUCUCUGCCCGACCGUGGCGAGAGUAUUCGAAACUUCGGUCUUCCCCGCCCGGCGCCCAGGGAGGAGGGGGGAAAGAAUCGGAAUAGAACCCCAGGGCUGCUUCCUGCCAUCUCCAUGGCUGUCAUGGGUUUACGCUCUCACAGCCGUGCGAGUCCCCGUGCAGGAGAAGAAGGGGGCGCAGAGGAACAGCCAGAAGCCGUAGGCUCCCUGACGCGUAUGGUCACGCAAAAAUUCAGCAAAGGCACGGAGGACGGCGACAAGAGCGAUUUUGCGCGGUUUUGGUCGGCACUGGCCGGUUUCAGCAAAAAGAUGUGCGCGUGUUGUGGUUGGGGCGCGAAGAAAGUGUUCACCGAGGGGAUCAAGCAAUUCGGAGAAAGGCCGUAUUGGGAAGAAGAAAAGGAGUGGGCGGAGAGUCCUGAGGAAGGAGAGACCCCGGACGACGAUAUGGAUGUGGAGGACGUGCGAGCCCAGUACGUGCUGGGUACGCUGUCGUCCACGCACUUGGAGGGACUCGAGGGGGUGGACAGGCCGGGAGGGAAGGUUGGCAACGAGGCCGCUGUGAUUCGAAAGGAAGAUUUUCUGAUGAAACUCGCCGUCUCUUUGCUCUCGUACGGGUGCCCGAUUCCACGGAUUGAAUACAGCAUGCAAGUCCUCCUCCAGACCAUGGGCAUGGAAGGCUCCUUUAUCAUUCUCCCGAACAUCAUGUUCAUCUCCUUCGGCUCGCCCAGUGCAUCCAACACGGAGACCCACAUCCUCCCCGUCGGGGGGGGGCUCGACGUGUACAAACUCCGCCGGGUCAAUCAUCUCGUGAAUUUGAUUUUGGAGCAGCGCAUUCCUUCUUUGCCUUUUGCAAUCAAGAAGCUUGACAGCAUGAUCGCCGAGCCUCCCCUGUAUUCCUGGCAAGUCAAACUGGCCUGCUAUGCGAUUGCCUCGGGAUGUGUCGCCCCUCUUUUCUUCUCGGGCUCGUUGAUUGACGGUCUACUGGCGGGUUUUGUCGGCAUUUUUGCGGGGGGGCUGUGGGUGAUGGCGGACGUGUCCUACAUUGUCGGGAAGUUGGGAGUCUUUGCCUCUGCGUGGCUGGCAUCGUUCCUCGCCACCAUUUUGGCGGCCCAUAUCCCCAACACCUGCUCCCUGGCCAUUCAUUUUGGGCCCAUUGUCUACCUCCUCCCCGGCUGGAGCAUCACGUCCUCCAUCAUUGGUACGUCUUCCUCGUGUUCGCUAGUGUCAUUGUUGUUGGUUCAAUCCUCGGUCGUAUCCUCAUAUGCGACCAUUUCCCUUCCCUUCGGAUGCACGCCCGCAGAACUGUCGACGCAAAGCAUGAUCUCAGGGACCGUCAGAAUGAUGACGGCCCUCAUGAACGCCCUUUUGAUUGGUUUCGGCCUCGAUUUAGGGCACCGAAUGACCUUCUGGGAGAGUAAUGUUAGCUGGACGUCGACGGAAAACUGUAACCCAGUCUCUAUGUGGACCCAAAUUCCUCUCUUCAUCGCCACCGUGACCUGUUUCAACAUACUUAUGAAAGCAGCUCCGGUCCAAUGGCUGAGUAUGCUCAUUGUAGCCGCGAUUGGCUACGUCACCAUCAAUUUGGCGCCGACGGUGGGGGAAAUGACACCCGGGAGCAGCACGGUGCUGACCGCCUUUGUGUGUGGCGUGGCGGGGAAUCUGUACGCCUACGCGACGAACAGCCCUGCCUUGGUCCCUAUCUUGGCCGGGGUGUUUUUGAUCGUGCCAGGGGGAAUGAGCGUCAGGGGCGUGGAAAAAUGGCUGAAUGACGACCUGAAUGGCGGCUUGGAUUUUGGCAGUGGGAUGAUGCUGGUGGCCGUCUCCAUCUCCAUCGGUCUCUUUGCCUCCAGUGUCAUCAUGUACCGGCCCAAGUUGAAGAUUUCCAAUGCCGUCUUCUUCUAG